CAAGGUCUAUCCCCGUGUAAACCAGUAUAAAAACUCAAGUCUCAGAGGAUUGACGAAUAGGCCGCUACUAUCUCGGGGAGAUAUCAAGUAUUACCUCAUAUUUUCUAAAGCAACGGUUAUAUAACGCUUCCUGAAAACCUGAAUAAACAUGCGUGAGUGUAUCUCAGUGCACGUGGGUCAGGCUGGUGUCCAGAUUGGCAAUGCCUGCUGGGAGCUUUACUGCCUGGAACAUGGGAUCCAGCCUGAUGGACAGAUGCCCAGUGACAAGACCAUUGGAGGAGGAGAUGAUUCAUUCAACACCUUCUUCAGUGAGACUGGAGCUGGAAAGCACGUCCCCAGAGCUGUUUUUGUGGACCUGGAGCCCACUGUCAUCGAUGAGGUGCGCACUGGGACCUACCGGCAGCUGUUCCACCCUGAGCAGCUGAUCACUGGCAAGGAGGAUGCUGCCAACAACUACGCCCGUGGACACUACACCAUCGGCAAAGAGAUCAUUGAUCUGGUGCUGGACAGGAUCCGUAAACUGGCUGACCAGUGCACUGGUCUGCAGGGCUUCCUGGUUUUCCAUAGCUUCGGAGGUGGCACCGGCUCUGGUUUUACCUCCUUGCUGUUGGAGCGUCUGUCUGUAGACUACGGCAAGAAGUCCAAGCUGGAGUUCUCCAUCUACCCAGCUCCUCAGGUGUCCACUGCUGUGGUGGAGCCGUACAACUCCAUCCUGACCACCCACACCACCCUAGAGCACUCUGACUGUGCCUUCAUGGUGGAUAACGAGGCCAUCUACGAUAUCUGUCGCAGGAACCUGGAUAUUGAGCGUCCUACCUACACCAACCUCAACAGGCUGAUGAGUCAGAUUGUGUCCUCCAUCACCGCCUCCCUUCGUUUUGACGGUGCUCUUAAUGUUGAUCUUACAGAGUUCCAGACCAAUUUAGUGCCAUAUCCCCGCAUCCACUUCCCUCUGGCCACCUAUGCCCCUGUCAUCUCUGCUGAGAAGGCCUACCAUGAGCAAUUAACAGUGGCAGAAAUCACCAACGCCUGCUUUGAGCCAUCCAAUCAAAUGGUAAAAUGUGACCCUCGUCACGGCAAAUACAUGGCUUGCUGCCUUCUGUACCGUGGAGAUGUGGUGCCCAAAGAUGUCAAUUCUGCCAUUGCCACCAUUAAGACCAAGCGCACCAUCCAGUUUGUGGACUGGUGCCCCACUGGUUUCAAGGUUGGCAUCAACUACCAGCCGCCCACUGUCGUUCCUGGUGGAGAUCUGGCUAAGGUCCAGAGGGCUGUGUGCAUGCUGAGCAACACCACUGCUAUUGCAGAGGCCUGGGCUCGGCUUGACCACAAGUUUGAUCUUAUGUAUGCUAAGCGUGCUUUUGUUCACUGGUAUGUAGGUGAAGGUAUGGAAGAGGGAGAGUUUUCGGAAGCCAGAGAGGACAUGGCAGCUCUGGAGAAGGAUUAUGAGGAGGUUGGAGUUGACUCCGUUGAGGGUGAAGGAGAGGAGGAGGGUGAGGAGUAUUAAAAAAGAACAAAGCCACUGCUUAAAUGGGAAACAGUUUGUUCCAGUGUGCUCUAAUUAUAAUCCAAGGUUUGUCUUAUAAAAUACCAGUUUGGUCAUGUUCUGAAUAACAUUUCUGAAAAUGUAAGUUUGGAUGUUCCAAAGAAGGCUUUUUAAAAUAUAAUUAAUUCCAGUAUCUAAUGUUUUGUCUAUCAAACCUGUCAUUUUGAGAAUUGAAUAAAGUUCAUGUGGCAUGUGAA